CGGAGGCAACAGUUGUGAAGAUUCUCCUUUCGUAAACAGUGCAUGUGUCUCCUACGCUCACUGAAGGCGCUGUUUGACUCAUUCUUACAUCUAUAAUUAGAGUAGAACCAUGGACUGCACCGUGUGCUGCAACCCCUUCGACGACAAGGACUACCGCCCAAGGAACCUGGAGUGCGGCCACACCUUCUGCACCAGCUGUCUCAAGGGCAUCCACUGCCGGUCGGAGUUGGAAUGCCCCGAGUGCCGACACGAGCAGAAUGACGUCAGUGAGGUCAGCGAACUGCCCGUGGCCUUCGGGGUCCUGAGAGCCGUGGAGGCGGCGCGCGGCGAGGUCGCGAAGGCCAAGGAGCAGGACGAAUGGGAGGCGCCUCUGUUGAUCCUUCCGGGUCCUAAGAAAGACCUGAAGGAGGACGGCAAGGAGAGCCUGGCGAACGAGGGGGCGGCCGAUCUGGAGGUCCUGAAGAAGUCCUAUCGCAAUGUCCUCUGGUCCAAGAUCUACUUCUGCGCCGAGAACCAGGAGGAACUGGAGGCCUACGAAAAGGUCCUCGGAAAAGCCUCGGAAAACGCCCGGUGUCACAUUCAUUGCCUGGAGAAGAUCCUGGAGAGUAGACAAUCCUUGACCCAGUUCCUGCGGGAGGAGACAGAGAGGAGUAAGAGGGAGCGGGAGUCUAUCGAAGGAAAGAAGAAGGAACUAUUUGACCGAAAGGAGCGGCUAGAAUGCGCUUCCGGGUUUGAGGAUACGGAGGACUUUCGGUCAGAGAAGGACGUCGACCGACGACAGCGCCUCAGGAAGUUCCUAGAGAUGGACAAGGAGGCCCUGAACCAACUUCGCUCCUUCACCUCCCACAUGUGCAGAAAUGACAGGCGCUUAAUAAGAAUUCUCGAGCCUCUGGACGCCCCGGAAUCUGACCUUGGCCGUCUUUUUGAACACACGAUGAAACUAGACUAAACGAAGUGGAAUGCUUAGUUCAACAAACGAAGUUACUUUAACAAACGAAAUCUCUGUCUUCAACUUGAAGCUUUAAUGGAUGUGAGCGUUACCUCUAGUGUACCAUGGAUUCUCAUGAAAUGCAAGACUGAUACUCCUUAAUAAGUCAUAAGAUGACAACGAGUGUACUAAUUUCUACUGUAUUAUCCGCAUCAGGGAGCGUCACGUCAACUUAUCAAAGUGAAUAGUGAGCAUGGAACACUACAUCUUAGCACACACACACUUUCACUCGCUCUCACUCUCACUCUCACUCUCUCUCUCUCUCUCUCUCUCUCUCUCUCCUCUCUCUCUCUCUCUCUCUCUCUC